AUGGUCAAAAGAGAAGCUUCCACCGACAACCUCAAUAGUCCACCGAAAAGACGAAGGCGAUCAUCGACUUCUCCCUUGAAAGAAGUGUCCACCCUAUCUCACGCGGCGAGGGAAUACGGUCCGCAAUGGAAUGAUUGGCCAGCACCUGCUCAUGCCAUGGAGGAAGCAAGAGACUUCAUAAGGGAUAUAGUCAGUAAUAAGCGUUCUGUAUUGAUCGUACCAGAUAAAGAUGCAGAUGGAUUGUCAGCUGGAACUAUACUGUAUCAAACUUUGAUUCACAUGAAUCAUCCUCCAUCGCUAAUAUCAGUCCACCAUCUUACGAAAGGAAAUAACGUUCAUUCCGAUUUUGAGCGAAAUCUUAUGGAUUCAUCAGGCGCGGAAAAGGUAGUCGUUUUAGAUCAAGGUAGUAGACCAGGAAGAUCUAUAGUACCUCCUCUCCCGAAUCAAAAGGGUAAGAGAGUUCUGGUAGUGGAUCAUCACAUGUCUGACGAGUGGCCCGAAGGAUCACAGGUCCUCACCGCAUGUAGAUCAUCUCCGAUAGCCACAGCAGCAUUGUUGACCUAUCUACUGCUGAGGGAUUUACAUCCCAAAGUGCACGAGGAAGAAGCUUGGAGAGCUGUUGUAGGAGUAAUAGGAGACUUGGGAACGUCGGUUCCUAAAUGGGGGACUGGGCCAUGGCCUUCUGAGCUGGGAUCGGUAUUUAAAAAAUUGGGCUCAAAAUCAUUCAGCGAAGCUGUCUCGGGAGUCAAUGCUCCUCGUCGAACAGCCGAAUAUAAUGUUCCAAAAGCGUGGGAUAUUAUGUUAAAUUCCAAAACUCCCUGGGAUUUAGCUUCAAACGCAUUCCUGAAACUAUGUAAAAUGGAUGUGGGAGAUGAGACUGCCAAAUGGGCUAGAACACCGCCGAGAUUCUCGAAAGAUGGUAGAGUCGCUGUUUGUACCAUACAUACUGCAUUUCAAAUUCACCCGGUUAUUGCUACUCGUUGGUCUGGCACUCUAGGAAGGAAAAGUAGUAAAUUGCUUAUGGUCAUGUGCGCAAAUACAGGUUUUCACGCAGAUCAAAAGGUCUCUUUCUCAUGUAGGAUAGCAUCCAAUCUUCGAUCAUUACCAGAAGGUCAACAGCCGAAUCUCAUCGCGUUACUGAACGAAUACGCGGACAAUAUACCAGGAUUCAGAGAAAGGGUGGGAGGUGAUUAUGCUAGAGGACACAAAGAAGCUACAGGAGGUAUAAUAGCAAAAGCAGAAUAUAAUUUAUUAUUGGAAGAAAUGGGAGUUCCACAACCUGGAACAACGGUGAAAUCAGAAAAUAACGGUUCUUCGCCAUCUUCACCUUCACCUAAAAAAGUUAAAGGAAAGAUCAUAGAUCCUAAACAAUCAAUUGGUGGGUUAGAUAAGUUUUUCAAAGUAAAACCGAAAGUGUAA